AUGGUUCAAAUCACCGUUCCUGACAACUACGGCGCCGUCAUUGGCGUCGCGCUGGGCGCAAUCCCCGUGCUGGCCUUCAUCCACGGCGGCAUCACCACCAGCCUUCGUAGGGCUGCCAAGGUGCCUUACCCGCACAGCUACGCCACCAUGGAGCAAUGCAAGGAGAGCGCCAAAGCAGAGCAGUUUAACUGCGCUCAGCGCGCCCACACCAACUUCAUGGAGAACGCGCCCCAGACCAUGCUGUUCACCCUCGCUGCGGGCCUGAAGUACCCCCAGCUGGCUGCAGGCAUCGGCGCCCUCUGGGUGGUGCUGCGCACGCUGUUCAUGUACGGGUAUGUCUACUCGGGCAAGCCGCAGGGCAAGGGCCGCAUGAUGGGCGGCAUGUUCUGGCUCGCUCAGGGCGCCCUGUGGGGUCUGACCGUGUUUGGUGUGGCGCGGGACUUGAUUUCCUUCUGA